AUGACACGUCAGAGUCACUAUCAAGCAAUCAUUCUAGACCUAGGAAAUGUGGUUUUCGAAUGGGACACUUCCCAGAAUCCCCCCACUGCAGCCCCAAACCAAAUAUCUCUGUUACGCACCAGCAUGAAGUCCCCCGUUUACCAUUCCUACGAACGAGGCCAGCUCUCAACAGAAGAAUGUCAUCGCUUACUCGGGGAAUCCCUCCACGUUGACCCCGGCCAAAUCAAAGAAGCUUUCGAUCUCGCCCGCCAAAGCCUCCGAUCUAACCCCGCGCUCCUGGACUUCAUCCGGCAGCUGAAGCAGACGCGUGGAGUGGCCGUGUACGCCAUGUCCAACAUCCCGCAGGCCGAGAUCGAGUAUCUGAAAGAGAGCAGAGCAGGCGACAUGGAGGUCUUCGACGAGGUCUUUGCCUCGGGGUACGUGGGGUCCCGGAAGCCGGAGACGGAGUUUUAUCGGCGGGUGAUGGGGGAGAUAGGCUUGAAGGCUGAGCGAGUGGUCUUUGUGGAUGAUAAGGAGGAGAAUGUGGAUGUGGCGCGUGGGUUGGGGUUGUAUGGGGUUUGCUUUGGGGGGGUGGAGGAGUUGCGGGGACAUCUUCUUGGGAUUUGA